AUGCGGGAAGAACUGGACGGGCUCUUCAAAAGCAAUGGAGCCAUUCCUGACACUAAAAUGCCUUCAGGAUUUGAAAAGAAAAGUCGUCGAGGUGAUCCAGACGGCAUAAAAAGAAACCUUACCGCCAUAGUUCCACACAGCUACGGGGAACAUGGCGGCUGUGACCGGAAGUGGUGCCGUGCUGGGGACGCAAAUAACCGUCAUUCGAGCUUGCCGCGCGGGAAAAACCUUACAGAUCAGGCCGUAAGAGAGGACAUUGAAAAGGUGAUAGAUCCCUACACCAACGCAAAAAUGACGGAAAAGCUGCCAACACUUUCAACAACGAAUUCAAACGAGAACAUGAACAUGAUGAUAUCAAGAAAAGCGGCUAAAGGGUCCCAUUACUCCGAGUCUGAGAGCCUUGGUAUUCGUGUUUCGGUGACAGUAGCACAAAAGACUGAUGGACACGCUUAUAUAUUAAAGGAGUUGGAUAAGAAACGCCUGUUUAAUGCUACACAACACAGGACUGUUAAACAGAAAAGGCGUCGUAUCGAGCUAAAGGAACAGCGGAUUCGCAAUGACAGGUCUGCUGAAGUACACGAGGGGAAAACAUAUGAAACCGCAAUCAAUGCAACAGACGACAUCACACCAGACGACAUAGUUGAAAGCUCACCGCCACUUCUUCUUCCGAGUAUGUGGCCGUCCGUGUCUGCCCCUCAACCGGAUACUCUCAUAGUUUUCGACAUUGAGAUCACGGGAUUAGCACAGGACAGUGACAUAAUUCAGCUGUCGGCUAAGCAUUUGGAUACCGGCGACACGUUUUCGGCAUACAUCAGACCCGCCGGUGGCCGUAUUCCGACACCAUCACAUCGCUUACCGGAAUUGCAAUACAUGGAGAUUAAAUGCUUUAUUACAUGA